GUUUCUUUAGCAGCCUCAGCUUCCCGAAGUACCACAGAGGCGUAUAGGGUUUGAGAGAGAGAAAGAGAGGUCGGCGAAAUGGUUGAGAAGGGAAAUAAGCCCAGGAAGGAGGAGGUUGUUACAAGGGAGUACACCAUCAACCUCCACAAACGCCUCCAUGGAUGCACAUUUAAGAAGAAAGCUCCAAAAGCCAUCAAGGAAAUCAGGAAGUUUGCCCAGAAGGCCAUGGGAACAACUGAUGUUAGAGUUGAUGUGAAGCUGAACAAGUUCGUUUGGAGCCGUGGGAUCCGCAGUGUGCCAAGAAGAGUCCGUGUCCGAAUUGCACGCAAGAGAAAUGAAGAUGAAGAUGCCAAGGAGGAGCUUUACUCCUUGGUUACUGUUACUGAAGUUCCCGAGGGAUUCAAGGGGUUGGGUACUAAAGUUAUUGAUGAUGAUGAUGAGUGAUAAUUUUCUCAGUUUCUAUGCCAUUGCAAUUUUGGCUGUAUUAUUAGAUCAUUUUGAUGUUAGUUCAGUUUUGACUCCCUUACUACAGGAGAAUGACUUGAAUGAAUUAUUAUUAUAUCAGCUGUUUGCUUGUUUCAGACUGAUUGUGGCAUUCAAUUCGUAUAUUCUCAAUUAAUUUUCGAAAUGUUGCAGGCUUGCAGCCUUCA